AAAAAAAAUGUAACCUGGAAAUUUAAAUUGAUACAGCUAGUUCCAUCCAAUUUAAAAUACCACAGUGACAUCAAACCAUAAGAAAUUUCUAAAAUAAUUUGUAUUUUUGCCCUUAAUCAGCAAUAAUUUUCAUAUGUGUCUAGUAUUUACAGUAGAUCUUCCAUGCGGUAUGAUACAUUAUAAAUUGUGUUAUGGCUAGUUAUUCUUUUGUUUCUAAGAUGUGUUAUGGAGUUGCUGGUUGUUGCCUUGCUGGAAGUGUUUUUUAUACAAUAAAACAAGACGAUUUGGCAAUGAGAGAAACUAGUGAAGCAAAGAAUGUUUGGAAAUGGAAUUCUAAUUGGGAUAAACGUGAACCUCAUUGUUUGAUGAAACCUAAGAAAAGAUCUAAGCAGCGUGAGGAUGAAAAGUUAUGCACGCUGACUGCUACAGCUACAAGACACAUUUUAUUGAUACGCCAUGGACAGUAUGACACAAAAGCUCCUUCGGAUAAAGAAAUGAAGCUAACAUAUCUAGGACGAGAGCAAGCGCAACUUGUUGGGAAAAGAUUGAAAGAUCUGAAUAUUAGUUACGACAAAUUGAUUAGAUCUACUUUAAUAAGAGCAAUUGAAACAUCUGAUAUUAUUCAUAAGUUCAUCCUCGACGUUCCUUUAGAAACAUCAGAGUUAUUAGAAGAAGGCUGUCCUAUUCCUAAUGAACCUCCUAGUGGAAGUUUUCGUUAUGAAUAUGAGAGUUUCCAAGAUGGUGCUAGAAUUGAAGCUGCAUUUAGAAAAUAUUUCCAUCGUGCCGAUCCAGGCCAGAAAUCUGACAGUUAUGAAAUAAUAGUCUGCCAUGCUAAUGUUAUAAGGUAUUUUGUUUGUAGAUUGCUUCAGGUUCCACCAGAGGCAUGGUUACGGUUUUCUUUGCAUCAUUGUAGCAUUACGUGGACAACUAUCUUUCCUAAUGGCAAUGUUGCAGUUAAAUCUUAUGGUGAUGCAGGUUUCUUGCCUGCAGAUAAAAUGACUCGGAGUUGAUAAAAGUUAUAAAAUAUAUUUUGUUAAAAUGCAAAUUUUUAAACAUUUUGUGUACAAUUUCAAUAAAAUUGUGCUUAAGCUUUAGUGUUAAAACAUAAUAAUUAUGAGAAAAGUAAUUAUUACUUAAAUAUACAUUAUGCUAUAUGAUGCUUAAUUGUUAUAAAUUGUGUACUAUCAAUAAAUAUAUUUUAUUUUAAGCCUUUAG